UACUACCAAAGUAGUGCAUCAAUGCAUCUGAAAACCCAAUAUGAAAAAAGGGUCUAUAAAAGCGAACCACUCCUCUAUACCCUUUUAUACAUCAUUUUUCUCCUUGCUCUCUUAGUGUUCUCCGCCACUUCCUCUCAGAUCCAUUUCUCUUUAGAUCCCAUCAAUGGCUUCUAUUACUGGAUCUUCCUUAGCCAUCUCUUCCCUUUCCUCCUCCUUCAAGCAGAACAAGGCAUCUUUGAAGACCUCCUCCAUUUCUAUUAAGGGAAUAAGCUUCCCUUCCCUCAGAUUGAAGCCAGCUACUCGCCGCUUCAGCAUUAACUGUGCAGCUAAACCAGAGACAGUUGACAAAGUGUGUGAAAUUGUGAAGAAACAGCUGGCUCUUCCCGGUGAUUCUGUGGUCAACGGAGAGUCAAAAUUUACAGCACUUGGUGCUGAUUCUCUUGACACGGUUGAGAUUGUCAUGGGACUUGAGGAAGCAUUUGGAAUCACUGUGGAAGAAGAGAAUGCACAGACUAUUGCAACAGUUCAAGAUGCUGCUGACUUGAUUGAGGAUCUCGUUGCCAAGAAAUGUUAAGAGAGAGUUGAGAUGUAGAAGCUUUGGUAGGAGGAGGUCUUGUUUUGGUUGAAAGUUUGUUUAUCUAUUUAGUCAUCGAUUUAUGGGUAUUAUAUCUAUUGCAGUAUUGUUCCAAUGAGCUUUGUCUUAGAUAAUAGGAUUUCUUUCAUCUGAGAGGAACUCUCAUUCAUGGCUUGUUUGUUUCAUUUUCUGUAAGACUGGUCAUAUUUAAGAACAUCCUUUUGUAGUA